GGUCUUUUAGUUUGUCUUAAGUGUAAAUGUUUCUCUUAAGCAUAGGAAGAGCGGGAAGAGAAUGUGCAUCCGGUGACCCAUAGACUAUAAGCUGGUACCGAAAUUGAAUAGAGAUAGGUACCGCUAGCAAUCGGUAGGUAAGUACUGUUUUAACUGUUGUGUUGAGGCGUAGACGGUCGCGUGGAGUUCGUAGUUGUUGGCAGUACCAAAGUAAAGUGCACGGUGAAAGUGCUACCUGUACCUGCGUGUACCAAAUGCAGAGAUUACGAUAGUUGCGAUGCAGAGUGUUCAUUUAAUACAGUGAAACGGAUUAUCAUCUGCCUUUUCACAUUCCAUAGGAAUUUCGCUCUGUUUAUUCAUUUGAAUAACUGCAUCGAACAAAAAACUCUGUUAAGAAUAUGAAUCAUCGAAAGCGCACAACGUACUGAUAUGGGAAACAGUGGCAGCCAAAAUACAGUUACAGAGACCAUCCAAGAAGAGCAAUGGGCCCAUUCCUUUCCAAGAUCCUGCAGUUCUCAGACCAAAUUUCAUUUCCAACACAAGGUACUCCCGGAAAAACGGCCACAAUUAAAGCUCAGAGCCACAAAUAAUGGGGAAAUUCUUCAAUCGGGAGGGACUAUAAGUGGGAGACACGUCAAGUCAGCAGAAGAAGAAAGAAUUAAAAGAUAUUUACAAACUUUUGAUGAACGUAAUUCUUACGAGCAGAACGAAUAUGAAAAAGAUAAUCAUCGAAAAAUUGGAACUCAAGGAGUACAACAUAAACUUAGCAACAGUAAACUUUCUAGUCAAGAGAUGAAAUUCUUUGCAUCUGAACCUGAUUUAAGAUACGCCUUAACCAAUGACGAAUUUAGAGAGAAAAGAUCAAAAAAAAAGUACAGAGCACCUUCUCCACCCAAAAUGAGAAACAUUGUGGAUGACUAUAAAAUAAGCAGAAGAUCAAGUGACGACACAGACCAAAAUCCAAAAAUGCCAAUCAGAAAAGCGCGUUUGUUUAAAACCAGAGCUGAAACGAAAAAGCAAUCUAGCCAUCCAAACGAAAACACUCAAGAUGAUUUGAGCAAUUUAGACUGUAUGAAUGUAAAGACUAAUCUGAAGCGCCUAUCAUUGCCAGAGGGUAAGGUAAUGGAUUUUAAUGAAUUUACCAGGGAAUUAAAAGACGCUACACAACGUCGAUCUGUAGACAAGCAUUUAAAAAAUGACAGUAAUAUUGACACUAAAAUAAAGAAUUUAUCAAAUGAGGCUAGUCGUGAAGAAAUGAGGUUCAAGGAAAAUAAAGAAAAUCAACUGAAAAGUGUGGUAACACAUAUAAGAGGUGAAGCUUCAGGCAAAGAAUCUUCAACGCCAGAAAUGUCGCCGGAUCUGCAACCCAAAUAUCAGUUUAAGAAAGAUUCAUUAAAGCCUAAACAGGUGUUCUACUUCGGUAUGAAUGAAGGCUCGCGAGAAAAUCUUUUCAAAGAAGACAUUUUCGAUACUUUAGAUGCUGAACAUUCCUCAGGGUCAGAUAUAUCAAGCGAUAUAGAUUCAGAUGAAAACGACACGUUCAGAAGUGGAAUUGAUCUGCAGCUACGACCGAUUUUACCAAAGAAGCAGUUAGAAAUACCCAGAUUUUCUCCGGCAGCAGCAUGGCGACUGCUUUCUUUGGAUGCCAACGAUGAAGAUAGUAAAACGACACAAACGGUUACCACAACGGUUUCAGGAUCCGGAGCGGGCAUUGAAGGUGUGACAGGCUUUGGAGGAACCAUAAUGACUGAUGACGUCCCUUUAUUUAUGGAAGAACAUAUCGAAAAAUAUUCCAGACCUCUGCCUCUUUUGCUGAAUGCUGGCCAAAGGUCCUGUAAUGAUAAAUCUGGAGAUUCUGGAAUAUCUGGAGACGACGCAGUACCGAUAGUCUACUGUUAUGAUGAUGACGACGAUAAUAUUGCUGAUAAUGAUGACAGAGUUAGUAAAUUGAGAAUAAACGAAAAUAAAAUUUCUAUUCAUACUAAGACGGAAAGAGAAAGAAUAUCGUGGACACCGCAACAAGAUCUAGAUGAUUCUAGUGCAGAAGAGGAACUUUUUAAUAAACCUCAAAAACAGAGGACAAGAACACAUGCUGGCCCACAUGUUUUUAGCCUCUCCUUACCUAGAGAGAACCAUCUAGCAACUUAUAUGACGGAAAAGGUAAAUUCUAGUCAUUACAAUGGGAUACAGAAGUUCAAAAAAUCUUUGUCUGGCGUAUGGGGCAAUUUAGCAAAUAAGAAAGACAUUUUCAAUAACAGUUUCUUAGAAGAGAGAAGUAACAAUUGGUUUUUGAGCAAAUCAGCCCCAAAUUCUUUAACAAACGCCAUCCAUUCGUUAGAAAGGCAUAAAACAUUAGAAACACAUCAGUCAUCGAAUAUUAAUACAGCAAAUCGAUUAAUGUAUUUACCCGAAAUAGAUUUUGUCUCUAAAAAUACUUCUAAGCAGUUAUUUGAUAGCCACAGCAAUUACAAACGGUCUAUACAAUCGAAAUCCUGCGAAAAUAUCGCUUUAGAAGUGCAAAAAAAAUCGCCUGAACCGUUGCAAGAUCCUAAACCGAAAUCUGAAGAGCCAUCUUGGAAUAUAAAAAGAAAACCGAAAAAAUAUACUUUCCAGAGUACAAUACGUCAAAUAGAAAAGAAGCGAUUGUCCGAUAAAUUAUCCAAAGAAGCCGAAAAACGGGAACGAGAAAGAAUCCGAGAACUGGAUGCCAUGCAAAAGGUCGAAGAAGAAUUUCAAAGGAAGAGAGCCAUGGAAAAGGCUACUAUACAGCAACAAUUAAGAUUAUAUUCUUUAGAUGAAAAUACGGGAUGUCAAAGUUUGCCAAACUUCGAAAUCAAAAACAAAAAUAGAUCAGAACCAGACGGUGCAUUUUCUUCAGUAUCUUCAUCGUCGUCAUCGUCAUCAUCACGAAAAAAUGAUUACUUGAAAAAGAAAACCGUAAAUCAGCAUAAAGCUUCCAAUUGUGACAACAAAUUGAUGGCGUCUUCCACCAAAGAACUCUCAGAGUUUAGACAGAUCCAAAGAGAUUACAAGGAUUACAAUAGUAAUUUGAUGAAACACCACACCGACAAGCGAUACUUUAAUAGACAAACAACAAUACAUCCUCAAGUCAGUUGUACGAUGAGUCAAGUGAAAGGUUUAAAUAAAAAGCAGAAUCACAAUUAUCGAAAAGAAUUUGCUUCAGGUAUUCGAAGCGUCUCCAAUGACAGCAGCCGUUCAGAGACGUCUCAAAAUUAUAGAAAAAAACAGUUAAAUAACCCAAUCCCUUCAAAUGUUUAUAAUAAUUAUUUUAUUCCACUGUAACAUUAAAAAAUAUAUAGCUGUUUAUGUAUAUUAUGAAAGUUUUGAGACUUGUUAAAGAAAAGUAAAAGACAAAAAAUACGUAAAUAAGAUAUACAAUGUGGAAUAUCAAAUAUAGGUUAUAGGCAAUGCGACUCAUGUGUUGCUAUAUUCCAGACUUGUAUUAUUAACGAAAGUCCAAAUGUAAUGUUACCUGUAAAUAAAUAACUAAAAAAUAUUAGUCAUUUAUUUGCUACAAUGAGAAUUUGUUCCUAAAAGCACCAAUACUUACUUUAAAGGUAUGAAACCAUAUUAUUUUUAAUGUUUAAAUGAAUACAAUCUUGAAAUCUAGAAAUUAGUGUCCUCAUUGUAAUUAUUUGUGGAUUAUAAAUUGCGUCAUCACUAAUAUAGCGUAUAACAAGAAACAUUUUAACGAAAUUUGGUGCUACAUAUUCUUAAAAUACGACCUAGCCUGCACAUAUAAAAAUAUUUGAAUCAUCUACCUCUUGGCACCUAAACUGCCAUCAUAAUAUACAAAAAUAAAGUUUUUGGGCCACAUAUGGAAUAAAUCUUUUGAGCCAACGUAGGACCUAGAAAAACACGGGUAAAUACAUAAGAUAGUUGUCCAGGCUCCAAAAAUCAUGCCCAAUAAGUUUAUACCGCUACCGAGAAGCAGCGUUGUAUCACAC